CCUACAAAAGAACAUUUCCAAGAAGUACCGCCGCCUUACUCGUCAUUUAGCAAGAAACGAAAGAUGUCUAUCGUGGCUAUGGCAGCGCUAUCCAGUUUCUUUUCUCCGUUUUCAGCCAAUAUAUAUUUCCCUGCUCUUAAUAUGAUCCAACAGGACAUGCACACAACUACAGAUCUUAUCAAUCUCACCGUAACUGUCUACAUGGUCUUUCAAGGUGUUUCUCCGUCGUUCUGGGGAGGUUUGGCCGACAACUGGGGCAGACGUCCUGUCUACAUCAUGACAAUUUUCAUCUACAUCAUGGCUUGCAUUGGUAUAGCCCUUGCACCUGACUAUAAAACUUUACUCGGCAUGCGCAUGUUACAAGCUUUUGGGUCUAGUUCAGUCAUUGCCAUUGGCGCUGGUACCAUUGGUGAUGUGGCUGUACCUGCCGAACGCGCUGGUUACAUGGGCAUGUACAGUAUGGGUACUAUGAUGGGUCCAAUCUUGGGUCCAGUUUUAGGCGGUAUUCUUUCUCAUCAACUAUCUUGGAGAUGGAUCUUUUGGCUACUGGCUAUCCUUAGCUCUGCUCUCUGGAUCACACUCGUCCUGUUUCUACCAGAAACCCUUCGCAAAUUAGUUGGUGAUGGAUCUGGUUAUGCCAACCCGACACCCUUCCAAUGGUAUAAAAAUUACAAGGCAAAAAGGGUCCAUACUCGAUUUCUCAGUGUCGAUUCGGCCAUGACAGCCGUGGCCCAUCACGACAAACACGAGGUGGUUGCCAAGCCAACAAAGAGCAGAUUCCUCACCUUACCAAAUCCACUCCAGUCCGUCCUGUACCUGCUCGAAAAAGAUGUCGCAGUGGUGUUGAUGUAUAACUCGCUCCAGUAUGCCGGUUUUUACAGUGUCUUGACUAGCAUGACACAUCUUUUCACAGACAUCUAUCAUCUCAAUGAACUUCAGAUCGGCCUGUGUUUCCUUGCUAAUGGUCUUGGAGCAGGAACAGGCUCCUUUACGGCCGGAAGGAUAUUGAACUGGCAAUUUAAAAAAAUUGCGAACGAACUUGGAUUAGACGAAAGUCAAACAAGGAGAGGCAACAUGGACCCAAGUUUUCCUAUUGAAAGAGCAAGAAUGAGUAUCACUUGGAUAUGGGGAAUCGCUUUUAAUAUUGCAAUGAUCAUCUACGGGUGGCUCCUUCACAUCAAGGCACCAAUUGCCCCCAUCUUGUUCUUGCAAGCUAUCUUGGGAUAUUGUUCUACCUCAACUUUCAAUGCUACCAGUACACUCUUGGUCGACUUAUUUCCUAGAAACUCGUCCGCAAUUGUAGCUUCCAAUAACUUAGCAAGGUGUUUGUUGGGCGCGGUUGCUGUGGUGAUCAUCAAUCCUGGUAUCGCUGCCAUUGGCGUAGGUUGGAUGUUCACAACCGUGUCUCUGGUACUAUUUGUGUCUCGAAUUUUGAUGGUGAUUGAGUUGAGGUACGGCCACCAGUGGCGACUAGAG